AUGGAGUUGUACGACUCUGCCCGCUAUGGAUCGGUGUUUAAUAGCAUCUUCCUUUCUACGGAAUCGUCCGACGCAAGCGAUGCAUCGGCAGCAGCAGCAGGAUCAAAAAAGGAUGCGAAAUCGAAGCUGCUGCUGGAACCGAAUCUGGAUCGGUACGAAAUCGCGUCGAAUGCGUCCCGCUUUGCCGUUUACCAUGCCGUUCGGUCCAUUGUGCUGGAACGGGAAACCACGGCACGGGGCACCAUUUCCUCCAUGCGAAUAAUCGAUACGGCACUGGACGAACCGAAAUCCAUCGGCAGCGGGCAGUCGGCAGGAGCGACGCAACGUGUACCGCAGAUAGUGCUUGCGGGACUGGACAGUCUGUACGGGAUAAUAGCCGAAACUCGCCAGAGUCAACCGAGGAUUGCUACGAAAGCGCUUCGUUCGUUGUAUGACAUACUGCAGGGUCAAGAUCCGGAAGGGAUGCGAAAUGAGCCAGAUGCCGUAUUUGGGCCGCUGUUUGACUUGCUGCUAGAGCUGUCCACCAUUAAUAGUGCUCCGAGUGCGGCCAAUGGUACCUGGUCAUCGCUUGCCUGCUCUACGCUGCUUUCCCUCGCCAUUGCGAAAGGUGAUACGGGCCGUAUCGUGCGUUCGGUGGCCGCCAUAUUGAUGAACUCGGUGUACGGUUCCACUAACACUAGCACCACCGUAGGUGGCUCCGUUCAAAUGCCACAAAGUGUUGCGAAGCUGCAACGUACAAUAUUCUCCAUGGCAACGGGGCGUGCUACGAUUGCGGAUUACUUUCGCUGCGGUGUACCACGCGGCAGCUUGAUUGGGGAGUUUCGACUGCCACUCGAAUCGUCUGCAGUACAUUCGGUUGCGUCCGAUGGGAAAUAUCUUUACCUAGUCACGGCGAAAGGUUUGCUAAAAAUUGGAUCCGGAUUCAAUGGGACGCAGGAAGGACUCAUAUACGGUGCGGUUACGAUAACGAACGCGAAAAACGAGGUGCCUGGAUGGAUCGGUUACUCUGGGGGCAAGUUGUAUUAUGGCCGCAUGAACAAGAUGGCGGUUAAUAAUGGUUGGACGUUUCAGCUGUACGAUCCGACAACGCUAACCGCCUUAGGAACGGUACAAACGGCACCGAUUCCCGCUUUUCAGCGCCGUUAUGGGCAUCUGUUCUCAGAUGGUGAUGCUAUAUGUUGGCUGGGUGCCGUAUCGGACUCAAUUCGCGAUUCGACCGAUAUGGAUGAUCAGGAGGAAGAUAUCCUUGUCGUGAAGCAACUCUACCCUCCUGUGGCCAGUUCCACAUCAACCGGUUCCUCCACCCAAAACGAUUCUCGACCGGAGUUGCGCUUAAAGUUGGCCAAAAACCGUUUCCACACGUACGGUUGGGCAGCAUUUGAGGAAGAUCUAGUUGAUAAUGGUGGCUAUCAGCAGCCAUCCACUGGUUUGGCUCCCCCAGUGCUGGAUAGUAAUCCAACCGGUGCAGGAAUUCAAUCCAUUUCCUGUGGUAAAGAGUUUGGAUUGGUGUUGGUUGACGAUGGGAAAGUGUUGUAUUGGGGCCGGGGCACUGCAUUGGGCCUUAAAACGUCCGUCAAUAUGGCCGGAACAAUAGGAUGUGUUAUGGGUGGACCGAAAGCUACCGUUUCGAUGAAGUUGAAUGAGCUGACGGCUCUACCGAAGGGAAUAAGCUGUUUCCGCCAGGUUGCAGUGGGUCAUGAGGCAAACCAUGGACUGCUGCUGACCGGUGAUGGUACGGUUUAUUUUACUGGCACAGCAAAGCGUGGUGAGGAUGGUGAGCUGGCCAAAACGAAUCGCCGGCAGCCGAAAGCUAUAAAACCGAAGCGAUUGAACAAGCUGGAUGGACAAACGAUCACGUUCGUUGCUUGUAAUAAUGGUACUUCAGCCUUUGUGACAAAGGAUGGCAAACUUAUCAUGUACGGCAAGGACACCAACUACUGUGAGCCGAACGGUGUCGUUGGUGGCUUGACCGAUGUCGUUAUACGGAAGGUAGCCCUCGGAAAGGCACAUUGCGUUGCGGUUGAUGCAUUGGGUCAACUGUACACGUUUGGCCUAAACAAUAAGGGACAGUGUGGCCGAAAAUUUCAGCGUGAACGUAAUGUGGAUGAACUGAUGACCACCAAUACAAACAGUCAACCACUUGCCGGAACACUAACAAACGGCACUACAACAAAUCAGCCGAAUGGAUUAAACACAAAUAACGCCCCGUGUAACGCUUGUCACGCUCCACCAUCAUCGGUAGCUAGCGCUGAACCACCGGCUGCUUCAAGUGCGAAAUGUGGCUGCGGAUGUGGAUGUUGCUGCCAUUGUGGUAAUUCAGGACCGGGAAAUAAUGUCGGUGGUACCGCAAACCCAAUAUCCUCCAACGAUCCGGAUACACCUCGUAUCGUUCCGGUUCCACCGCAGCGUGUCGAUUUGCCACACUCCGGAAACGAUCCUAGACGUCCCCCGAUCGUUCAACAGAUUGCCUGUGGACAGCAUCACUCGCUGGUGCUUACAUCCGCUGGGGAAGUGUACAGCUUCGGUAGCAAUCAGUACGGCCAGCUGGGUACUGGAGAUCUGCAAGCACCACCUGGUGGAAGGCCACAUUUGGUACGCUUUCCGAAUGGUGCUGGAACGGUAAUAUCCGUUGCGGCCGGUAGUAAUCAUUCGGUGGUGCUUACAAGCCGUGGCGCUGUCUAUACAUUCGGAAAUUUUCACAAAGGGCAGCUCGGUCGUGAAGCUCCGGGUGGGCGGUUGGAUAGUGUGAGCGAUGGAAACUAUUUUUGGCAUUGUGCACCGGUUGCGAUCGAUUCUUUCGGACCGGGGACGGGUCGUCGUGCAUCUUUUAUAGCGGCCAGCGGAGAUCAGACGUACAUAAAGGUGGAGGAAUCGCUCAUCAAUGGGGCAGCGUUGGCGAAGUAUAGUGUAACAGCCGAUCGAACAACGAUUUUGCUGAUCCCAAACAAUCAGUCCCAUCUAGCCGGCUCAAUAACGAUCGAUCGACGUACCGGACACUGUCGUGCGCAUCGUAUCAACCAGUUCGAUGCACGCGCCGAGUUUACCGGUUCAAACUUGACCGUGAAAGACGCAUAUCGGCGAAAUCGUUGGCACUUUUCAUUCACACUUGAUCCACUGUUUAACGUACUGUGGGGUUACGAUGCCAUCAGGAAGCGCAUGCUGAUUUUCAACCCGAUCGCGUCAGAGCUGUAUCGUCGCAAGUCUAAGCGUAAACAUCAACCAAAUCUACGUACUGGCCAUGAACAACAACAACCUUACCGAAUGGACGAUGAAAGGGGCGAUCCAGCGCGUUACGGAACGCACGAAACCCUUUCGGUGUUAAGCCCGGAAAUAGCACUUCCGCAACGUUGGAGUGGUUGUGAAGUGCCACGGUUUCAGCUUGCGUUAAACUUGCUAGCCUGUUUGGAUGUACUGACGGAAGCGACGGAACGACUAGGACCAACCGGCCAGUGGCCACCGUUCGAACCAACACUGGACGGAUCGGCUUCGGGUGGGUCCUCAUCGUCACCGCUGGAUGGGAACGUGAAUGUGAAUGCAUCGGAUUGGUUUACAGGGGCACGAAGUGGUGCUGCUGCUGCUUUCGGCAGUGGAAGCGGUCGACAGGUGAAGCUGUGCGAUCUUGCACCAGAAGACGAUCCACAGGAGGAAGAUCUUCCCGAGCAUCGUUCGGUACUGCUCACACCUACCUUCGGGUCUGGUAGCAUCGAUGAGGAAGUACCUGCAAUUCCGAUGCUAAAUCGUUGGAAUAUUGGUAACGCGGAAGCACCUAGCAAUGGCUUUUCGAUCCCCAAUGCGGCUAACGAGAGCAGAUUCCCCUUUCGGACCGGGCGUGCUAAAGGACCAACGAACGGAGUCGCUACGGCAAAUGUACAGUAUCGUCGGAAGAAGACAGGUUCUGGUGGUGUUGGUGGUAGCACUGGUGGUAGCAAUAGCCAUACGCUAAGCAACUCCUGCACAGAAGAAAGCGUCGUAACGCUGUGUCCCAUCUCACGUCGUUUUGCUACGGGUGUUAAUCGUGAAACGUUCGAAUCGUUAACAGCACUAUUGAGCUGGGCCUGGAAUGCAUUCCGCAAUCUUUCCGGCGAGCAAAAGAAGGGUUCCAGCAUGAAGACGUUUACCACCAACCCGAUGACGACGAACAAUGCGGGGCUGAUCGGAGAAGCUAAGCUUAUCGUUCGAUUAUCAUUCAUCUGUCGUGUGUGUCUCCGUUUGCUUCGUCGUUACUUGAACGCAAUUUACCAUCCAACUGGAUCUCGAUCAACGGAGGAUGAUGCAGACGCCCAUAUCGAAGAUCAUUUGCGCUCAGAUUUUGUAAAUCCCUUUGGAACACCGCAUCAAGCUACCUGUUCCCCAAUGUCCUCAUCCACCGUUCAUCCAAUGGUAUCUUCGACGUCUGGAAAUCAUCAGACACUAGCAUUAGCAGUGGUCGAAAUUCGUACACUGCUUAUAGACAUCCUGGCCGAUCGCGUUACACUCCCCGUGAUGGAACGCUCCAUGAGACGGCGAGUUUGCAAAGCCAAACGGGAAGUGCUGGCCGAAUGUCACCGUACGUUCGUGCGUUGUUUUGACAUAUUUUACCCAACGCCACAGCUGAAAUGGGAAGUCCUCUGCAGACGACUUCUCUUACUGCGUGAAGUAGACAGUGGUGGCGUUAAGCCGCACGUGGAUCGUUACCGGUACAGUUACAGCUCAUCAAAUAGCGGCAGCACAGAGCGAUGUACCGGUCGUCUUCUGCUUAGUGCAAUUCUGGCUGGACUAUGUCAACCUUCCGUUAAUCUCCGUGUUACAUUCUCCAUACUGAUGUCACCUGCGCAAUCGGCACCUGUUGCAGCUGCGUCCAGUUCCAGUCGUCCACAGUCGACCAGUUCGGGAGCUCUUCUGUUAUCCCGUAAUCGAGACCUUUUGGCCAGCUUAAUCGAACAGAUGACAAGUACAGUGGGUGCGUCAAAUGUUGCAGAUACUGUUGGACAGUCAGGUGGGUCGCAUCUGCCGGAUUGGCAUUUUCGGGAUGUGUUGGAGCUGUUGCUGGAGCUCGUUUCGGACCCGGUGCGUAGAAAGUUGGACCGUAUUGGACGUCAUCGGCGACGUGGCAGUAGUAGCAGUGGUAGUAGCAACAGCAACACCAGCAGUGCUAGUAGCUGCCGUAGUAGCGAAGGUGUAGACUACGACUAUGAGCUCGAUGAUGAUGAGGGAACGGAUGUGGCAGAAAAUGGAGGACACGAUGGAGGCGGGCCUUUCGCGCGCGAUGAUUACGAUAAUGAGCAUGUGGCGGACGGCGGAAAAGGAUGGCCGUUGGCGCGAGGAUAUCGUAAUGAAUAUCUUACCGAAGGCGACAGCGAUGGAGAGGACGAUGAAAGCGAUCAGGACGAGUGUCAGGAUGAUGAUCAAAAUCAGGAACGGCUUCUGAUCCGUAACGGGUGUCGUCUGUUGGCGAAGUUGCUGUCGGAAAUCAUUCACCAUGGAUGUGAUCCUAUCGAUCGGGAGCGAGGUGAUCGUGGUGACUCGGAGGAAACAGCUCAACAACCUGCUACGGAUGUAAUGGUUCCUCCGCUGGCUCCAAUGGGUGGCAGUAAUCGCCUUUUUAGUACCGGCAGCCGAUUCGGAAAGGUAGAUCUUGGGAAGACGUGGAAUACGGGCAACUUUGGACCGGACGCAAUUGCUUUUACCGUUGACCGGUCGGGCAUAUCGAUUGUGGGCGCUUGUGUUUAUUCCGGAUCAGGAAGCUAUGAAUAUCAAUUGGAGCUGCUUUACGAUAGCCAUCAUUCCACCCAUUCACAUACCUACUCCCAUUCGCAUCGUUGGGAAGUGCUGGAAUCGAUUGUCGGAUCAUACGAUCAAACCGCUGUAAGACAACAUAUGGCCGAGCUUCGUUUUAAUCGUGCCGUACUGUUAAAAGAGAACCAUCGUUACGCCUUGCGUCUGUGUAGCCAAGGUGCGAGAACGCUCUCCGGAGACUGUGGACAAUCGUCGCUUCGUGGACCAUGCGGUACGGUAACGUUCCGGUUUUAUCCUUGCGAUUUAAGCUUCAACGGUACAACACCGUCCCGUGGGCAAAUUCCGGCCAUCUUAUACUACUGCACACCAGCAGGAGGAGCUACAGGAUUUCCCCAUGGUGGUAUGAAUGUUGGUAGUGGCCGGGAAUUGGGUAACUGCCGAACGCAGGCACGUGAUCUUGCGCUAGAAGUAGCUCGGGCGAUUGUCGGUCGCUGUCGCGAGUUACUAACUGUUGCGCAUGAGUUAGCACUGUGGACAUCCGCUUCACCUGGAAUGCGUGCUCCAUCCUCUUCGGAAACAUCCUCAACGCCUUCUUCAUCAGCAUCGUCUGGUGUGGUUGGUAUCGGUGGUGCGAGUGGUGUGAUUGGUGGUGGCGGUGCUGGUGGAGUUGUUGGUGGUGGUGUUGCCAUCGACUCGGAACACAACAUAACUCCGAUCGAAGAACAUUUGGACGUCGGUACCACGGGGUUGGUUGGUGUGAUCUCCUCAAAUACAGCUGCCACGACCAUCGAACGUACCCGUCGAACGAUCGGUAAAGUACUGCCGAAAGGUCUGCUGGAAACGCUACGUGGAAGCAGUGGUAAUUCUGGAGCAGGAAUAUCCGCUGGAACUCCGUACGAUCCUUACGAAAUCGAUUCCGCCUCAGAGGCAACGGUUGGUGGAGUCGUUAGUGGUGGUGGUGUCGGAAGUGCAGGAAGCGGUGGUGGUGCCAGUGGAAGUGGAGCUGGAAUGUCGGCAGCCAAUGGCAAUGAAAUGGAAUUGCCGGCUGGUGGUGGUGCGGCAGCAGCUGCAAUGGUCCUAGCGGUUCCAAUUCGCAAACGAACCGUGUGGGAUCUGUUCCGAUCGCGUACGACUCGAUCACCGUCGGUUGUGAACUGUCUGUUCCGGUAUCUGCUACCACUGACACUCGCCCAGCUGGAACGUUGCAUUCGAAUGGAUUUGAAAGUUUCCGUUGAGGUACUGUCGAUGGUGCAGGAUAUUCUUCCACCAAUAACGGCACUGAACGAAUUACGACGUCAACGGCACGUUGGGAAGUGCUUCACCCACAUGUCCAACAGUGGUGUGAACGGUGCAACGACGAUCACUUCCUCGGCGACCAGUAUGAAUACGACCAGUCCACAUUAUUGCAUCUUGGAGAGUGAUCAUCCGUAUAAAACGGCAGGGCUGACCGCGUAUCGUGUACGAUUUCCGCUCACAGUGCGUUGGAUGUGUCUUACCUUCGAUGCUCAGUGUGGUACAGUGCAGGAAGAGGAUCGUGUUAAAGUAAAGAUUCCAAACCGACGUAGCGGAGAACGUGGUGGUAGUGCUAGUGAUAAGGAUUAUUUGGAUGAUUGGUGCACGGUGCGAAUGUAUAAUACACCUUCCCGAUGGGCUUACGGCGGUCCUGGUCGGGCAAUGGUGUUGCCAGGACGGGAGGUAGAAAUCUCUCUUGAAUCCUGCUCGACGUACGUCAACGAACCGAAGCAACAGUCGUACGGAUUCAAGUGUUUAGUGAUUGGAUAUGAAAAUGCAGAUCAACUACCUGCAGGUGAUCACGUGGAGGCGCAACAAUCAAUGGUGGAUGGUGGCAGUGGAACUGCUGGAGGAACUCUGAUCGCUUUGGAGCACGAACUUGCCCAUCUCGGUGGCCGGUGUGCACGAAAUCUGUUGCGAAAGGAGCUACGGUUUGACGACGAUCCAGACGAUAGACUCACAGAGCCGGAAGCAGCAACACUGGAGCGAUACGGAACGACAUUGCUUGCGAAGGGAUUGAUGGUACCGGAUGCCAUGUUAACUAUUCGCAAUGCGCUUGACUGCCAUCUGCCCGUGCUUGAAAAGAAUUACGAAAAACAGUUCCUGCGCGACUUUAUAUACGUUGCCGCCGGAUCACCUGGUGCACGGUUGGCCGCCUGGCUGCAGCCCGAAUCCCGACUGGAUCCUAGCCGGUGUGAAAUAAAGAUCAUAUCGCCCCAAACACCACCACUACGAGCCGGUUGGCCAUCACACUUCCGGCUGGAAACACGUGAUCAGUAUGGAGAAGAGAUAUUUGUCCCCGGCAUCAAGAUCGAAGUAAAAGCAUCCCUGCGCCGUGACACAUCAGUUAACGCAAUCACGCCAAAAGUGUCGCCCGGCACACCGACCGCCACCCCACCAUCCGUACCGUACGAGCCAACGUACAAAGAGAAGGAAAAGAGCUGUCUGCAGGCAAUCAGCGCCAUGCGCCCGUAUCAUGGCUACUCGUUCGAAGAGUUGCGCCUGUACGCGGCAAACAUGAGCAGUGCCAGCAUCGCGACGGCCGCCACCUCGGAAAUCUUGACGGCCAACGAUUUGGGUAAAAAUAAGUACGGUUUCGUCUGGACGCCAAUGGUGGCGGGUGCGUACGAGUUGACGCUCCAGAUCGACGGUGUGCCGGUGGUGGUGGAGGACGAGGAAGAAAUAUACCGCCUGGAAGUGAUCGAUGCGGGUGGAGCGGGUGGUGGUGGUGCGGGAGGCACGUGUGCCGGCGGAAGUGGUGCAUCCGGUGGUUUGCCGAAGAUGCUGGGUGGCGAGAAGGGUAUGCCGGGCAGUGGUGGACAGGGACUGAAGAAGGUACACCCACCGACGAAGCUUCGUAAAUUCUUGGCCAAGAAUUCGGCUGGAUUACGCGUGCGUUUGCAUCCGACGCUACAAUCGGAACAGAUUGGGGUGGUACGACCGAAUGGGAUUGUGGCUUAUGGAGAUGAGCUUGAAAAUGACGACGGAGUUUGGGUGCGUCUGACUGCGGAAUCUAUACGGGAGCAUUGUCCAGCAUCUUGGUUCCCGGUCGAAGCGUGGUGCCUACAGUACAACCAACAUCUAGGUAAAACCCUGCUUCAUCCCAUCGUCGACACUUGUUCUACUAAGGUAAUGCUGGAGCAUACGGCUGCCAAAGAGGAACCGUCAGUUGCUGACACAGUGGAGGACAUUGAGGCGGACGACUGCGAGGGUGAAGGUGAGGAGAACGAAAACACCAUUAACUAUGGAGAUUUCCGAAAAGCAGCAACUGCCGCUCUGUCCGAAGUGGUCGGCGGUGGAGCUAAGGCACUCCAGAAAUGGUUCCAUCGAUCUGGCACGGAAGGAGGUUCGUUUAUGGAUGAAGCUGGCCAAACGAAAUCACCACACCAUCCUUCAGCUAGUCCCACUCAUCAUCAGCAGCAGCAGCAGCAGCAACAUCAGACAAAUGCUCAACAGCAGCAAGAUCAGCAAUCCUUUCACCAACAACAUCUCCCAAAGCGUGCCCUUUCGCCAUCGGUUGCGGAAACACUGCGUGCCGUUUUUGCGGCAUUUCUAUGGCACGAAGGUUUGGUGCACGAUGCAAUGGCCUGUGCGUCGUUCCUUAAAUUCCACCCGACCAUUUCGAAGACGGCCGGGAUAGGCAUUGGUGCUGGUCCUGUUGGACAUGCAAAUCAGACCGGCGAGCUACCGAUUCCGGCUGUUUUAACCCGCGAACAGAAAGUGUUGCAACGCCAUUCGGUAGAAUUUUCGAAUGCUACGCUAGAUGCACUCGAACGCAGCGGUAAUCGUUGCAUUAUGAAUCGAAGACAUCGUGGUAUAGGGGCUGGAUUCGGGAUACUCGAUGGGGGUGGUGGUGGUGGACCAUCGUCAACGAUAGUUUCGAACACCGUGCCACCGGUAGCACUGCGUUGUUUGGUACACCUUUGGGAUCAGUUGGGUUCCAAUUUUGUGCAGCUUGUGGAAACGAAUUCGAACGACAAGCGAAACGACGAUGGUCACGGUGGUAAGGAUUGUGGUUUACAGACAACUACAGCAUCGAGUACGGGGUCUGUUAUUGCUCCGGCGGCAAGUGGAGCUCCAAUAUCGGCUAGCAAGAGUGGACUAACUCUAGCAGCAGCGGCUGGCGCGGGAACUACGACGACUACAACAGCUCCUGUUAAUGGCAGCUCAGCUCCAGAUGGUAGUUAUUGUGAACUUUGUCGUACUGUAUUACACUCUAUUCCGGUGACGUAUCACAUGCGAUUAGCACAUCCAGGCUGUGGACGUCCUGCAGGUGGUCAAGGCUACAACUCCAACGGAGUGUACUGCGAAGGAUGGGCUGGAGACUGUGGCGAUGGAGGACACGGUGUAUCAAGCUGGUACUUACUGUGUGAAGCAUGCCGCAAGCGAUACGAAGGAACCACUCCCGUCCCACUUCCCGUUGGUCCUCAGGCAGCACUGGCAGCAGGUGCGGAGCGAAGAAAUGAACCACCCCGCUCGACACUACCCUCGGAACUGUUUGCGAUGAUGAAGGAGAAUGCUUUCUUCUUGUUGGAUCUAGCACCGGUAGAAUCUUCCGCUUGCAGUGGAAGCACAGCGGGAAGUAGUGAAGCAUCGCUCACAGAGAUAACGGACGCAUCGGAAUGGCCCACUCCCCCGGAUCGACCGGCUUGUUUGGGAACGUUUGUGGACUCUGAAGCGACACAGCAGACAGCGUCCCGGUUUCCUAACGAUGGUGGUGGCCCAGGAAACUUUCUCCCUGUAUCGGGUGGGAAAUUUCAUCGCAGUGUAUCGAUGGGUCAGGGUGCAGGACCUUCGGUUGUACUCCGCCGUCGACAGCGCCGUGAAGAUGAGCGUUCCGAUGCAAAUCUCUUGAACCAUCCAUCGGAGAAUCUGCGCCGCUUGGUUCCGCUGGACGUUGGUGUGCCUGUUGUUGGGGACACGGCUAGUAACGAUGGUGGAGGUACCCAGGUGGGUCUUCUUGGACGACCGGCUAUGGUGUUCAUCUUGGAGCGACACAAUUUGGAACGGUUGCGUCGUUUGCUCAUACGACAGUUGCGUCGAUCUCUCUGCCAUAGAUAUAGUCUUCAAGGGUUUAACUGGCUCCUACGGCAACUCACAGAACCGAUCGGACUACAUGACGUUAUGUGGUGGUUUGUGUCCGCGCUUACUACCAGCGAAGUGGAUAUCGAUCCUAACGAUGCAGAUUCUGAGCUGGGUCUGGAACAUCCAGCCAUCAGUUGUGAAGGUCAUCUGGGGCGCGGAAUAUCCCGUGCUCUGCACGCCUACCUGUCCACUGUGUCCGAGCUGACGUUACUCUUUCCACUAGGAUCACCUCUUCAGCGGAUGGCAGUUCAAUGUUUCGGAUUACGCUUUGUACCAUCCGAUCAUCAGUUCUUGCAUCGCGUUAAUAUCUUCGGUAAUAUAUCACGAAUUCUCUCAAAAUCGGAGGAGGAAGAAGAAAAAGCUCUCGAGACACAGUCGGUGCGUGAUCAUUUGCUAGGAGUCACCGAUGAAGCACCGAUCGAAGUAACGCCCUUUCAGGAUGUAACCGAUUUAUAUGAGCUCACCGUUUCGUCCCGCCCGGCACUCGCUCAGGCACUGCUGGAUAACUCGACGGAAACGUUUUGGGAAAGUGAUGAAGAAGAUCGUGGCAAACCGAAGACGAUCGAAUUGAUUCCGAGCGUACGAGCAGGAUCUUCGGUGCCUGGAGCUGGUUGUCAACUAACACUGAUUGCUGUACAUGUGGACAAUAGUCGUGAUGUUGCGUGCAAAGUAACUUCGCUACUUCUUUACGGAGGAUCACAUCUAAACAGCGUCACAGGAACAGGAGAACUAUCAUUGCUUCGCACCAUAGACAUCGAUCCGGCUGCCUGUGCCUGGCAAACGGUUCCAAUAUCUCCAAGUAGUAAUGCUAAUGCUUCUGGAAGUGCUACUAGUGGACACUAUCGUCUAGAAAUUCGAGGUCCAGACGCAACGCUACGUAUUCGCCAGGUGAAACUGUACGGAACUCGAUCGGGAAAUACAGUUUCCUUGGCGGCUUCGAAUGCUGCACCUUCGCUACCAACACCACGUCAGGUUCAAUCGCGCCUUUGUGAACAGGAAACGCUUCGAGUGUUUCGUCUACUUACUGGGCAAGUGUUUGGUAAGCUUCUAGAGGAAACUUCCACACUUAUCGGUAAUCCUGCGAAUGGAGUUAGCAAUGGAGUUGGAGGAGCUAACGCGAACAGUAGCUCUGGUGACGCUUGUAGUACGGAACUAUCACCGCUUCCAUCGCUUUCCGAAUCCAUACACGAUCUUCGUGAGCAUGCGGUUGGGAUUUUGUUCAGCCGCCGUAAGCUCAGCCAUCUUCAGAAGCAAAUCAUCGUGCACGUAGUGCAGGCAAUCGAACGUGAAACCGUGAAGGCGCGGGAUGCCUGGGAACUGCUACUGAAUGGAGAAGCGAAUGUCCUCACAACAUACAAUGAUGCGUACUGCUUCGAGAUGCUCAGUAUGGUCCUUGCUCUCUCCGGAAGUUCUGUUGGACGAACCUACCUAUCGCAACAGCAUCAUCUGCUCAAAGACUUGCUGUCGCUUGCCCACACGGGCAGUGAUCGUGUCCAGCGGCAAGUCACCGCUCUCAUCCGUCGUAUACUUCCAGAGCUUCCUUCCGAUAAUGUUCCUCACACCAACACAGCGGACAGUAGCGUUGAUACUGAUUCUGAAGCGUUACUAGACGUUUUGUUGGCGUUAAUAGCAAAAUCACUCCAAGUGCAGGUUAAAGUAAAGAAUGGCUCGAAUGGAGGACACCAACAGCAUCAGCAGCAGUCCGCUCCACCUUCAUCAGCUGGAACUAGUGUUGUCAGUUUGGCAAGUGUAACAUCAUCCUCUCCGGAGACUCUCACUACCGGAACGGGAAGCGUUAGCCGGUUGCAGCGCUACCGUUGGUAUUUGCGAGGUUCGAUUGCAGCUAAACAGGCGGAGAGUAUUAUCGCUUUAGUGCGUGACAUGGCCAGUGGUAAGCUGUCCGAACGUUGGGCUACGGCAUGUCGGUCAGCUGUAGCUAGUUGCCUUUUAAACGUUACCCAACUCGAGGAGGAGUUCCGUCGCAGUGCCGACGCUUGCAUUUGUACUGCGACACUUUGGUUGGCCCUGGCCGCUCUCUGUGUAAUUGAUCGCGAACAAAUAGAUCGACUGUCUUCCAACCAGUGGCAUCGACAAUCGGAAUCGAACAGACCACUGUGUAGUAACCAUGAUGAUGAAGUCACGUACGCCGUUCUCAACUGUGCUCUCUGUGGAUCACUUUGUGCAGAUUGUGAUCGUGUGUUGCAUCUUAAUCGACGCGCCAGAAAUCAUCAUCGAGCGGUCUGCAAGGAGGAACAGGAUGCGAUCCGUGUCGAACUGCACGAAAGCUGUGGGCGCGCCAAACUGUACUGGUUGUGGGCAGUGGUAGAUUCGCGUACGCUCAAGGGUAUGCUCGAGUUUCGCGGGCAUGAUCCGAGCGCCGGCUGCAGCACCGUACCGGUUACGGCGACUGGUGUUGGCGUGUGCCGUUUCUGUGGUGCUACGGGUAGCAGCGGUCUGCUGGCAUUGGGCAACAUCUGUCCCGAUGCCCAGUGCCAGGAAUAUGGUGCGGUGUCCUGCACCAAGGUCCAUCCUCGCUGUGGGCACGCGUGCGGUGGCAUUAUCAAUGAAGGUCAAUGUUUACCGUGCUUGGUGCCAAACUGCCAGUCCGAGAGUGGGGAUGCUGGUGGUGGUCAGUACGGGGCGAGCAGUGUGCAGCCCCGGCUGACCCAGGAUGGUGAGGACAUGUGCAUGAUCUGCUUCACGGAAACACUCGGUACGGCACCGUCGAUACAGCUGCGGUGCGGUCACGUGUUUCACUACCAUUGCUGCAAAACCGUCCUAAUGCGUCGCUGGAAUGGUCCAAGGAUUAGCUUCGGGUUUGCGCAGUGUCCUAUCUGCAAGGUGGACAUUGAGCAUCCAUCGUUGGAACCGUUCCUGGCACCGAUCGUCGCGUUGAGACAGGACGUCAAACGGAAGGCGCUAAUGAGGCUUGAGUAUGAAGGACUAGCUAAAGCAGUAACUGCCGAUGGAACAGAUCCUACAAGGUACGCGAUGGAACGAUACGCGUACUACGUUUGCAGUCAAUGUGGAAAGGCAUACUAUGGCGGGGAAGCACGUUGCGACGCAGAGCUGGGCGAGAAUUUCAAUCCUCAGGAGCUGGUGUGUGGUGGUUGCAGCGAUGUAUCCAAGGCGAAGAUGUGCCCCAAGCACGGUAUGGACUUUCUCGAGUACAAGUGUCGCUACUGCUGUUCGGUGGCAGUAUUUUUCUGCUUCGGAACAACUCACUUCUGUGACACGUGUCAUGAUGAUUUCCAACGCCUGACUAACCUACCAAAAGGGAAGCUACCGCGCUGUCCCGCCGGUCCAAAGGCGACUCAACUUACAGGUGAAGAGUGUCCACUGCAUGUCGUUCAUCCUCCAACAGGGGAAGAGUUUGCUUUAGGUUGUGGGAUUUGCCGUAACGCGCAAACCUUCUGAACG